GCCUUCAUGGUCACUCUCACGGUCCUCCUUCGUUUGCGAUUUAGCCACAAAAAUCACUCUCGCUGACGUGUUACUGUCAGUUUUAUAGAACAUGUCAUCUCAAUCCACUCAGAAUCCAUCUUCCCAGCCCGAACAGGGCGGUUCCUGGGACAAGACGGAAAGGAAGUUCUCCAAUAAAUCUGCAAGCGAAUACUAUGAUCCAUGCCAGGACUUUGCAGAUCGGAGUCUCAAAUGUAUGAAGCGCAAUGCUUUUGAUCGUGAGAUGUGCCACGAUUACUUUCAGGCCUAUCGGGAUUGUAAAAAGAAUUGGAUGACCCAAAAGAAGUUUUCUUAAGAACCCAUCCCAGGCUUUGUAAAGCAUCACGCCGGCAUUGGUUCGCUACCACCAUUUUCGCCUAGUCUUCAUGGAUCAGUCGUGGGGUUGGGUGAGAGGGACAGGCAAUCAUUUCACCCUCUAGUAGCUACAGUCUUCAAAGUCUUUUCGAUCUCCCACCCCCUUGUGAACUUGGGUAGAUAGCAUGGCCCAGCUGGCGUCAUCCCUGGGCAUAUGGGCCGACUACUUACGAGGGAAUGAUUCACUGGGUGACCAAUGGGCUUACCAUUGUCGGUAUCCGGCGUUAUCUUGGUUUUUUAUGAACUUCUCUCCAACAUUAGCGGUUAUUAUCUUUCUGUAUGCGUUGUCCCGGUUGGAACUAUCAGUAACUACGAAGACAUCGCUUCACCAUUUGUACUUUAUAUAUCCUGUCUUAUUACGUCUACCAUGCCAUUGCAUGAUGGUAU